GUAGAAUUCAAAAUGGCAAUUUGUGGGUCUUUGCCUCCUGCAAACAUCACAAUUCGAGAUAGCCAGGCGGAGUCUUGCGGCCCGCCUGUGAUUAUUUGCGACUGGGACGACACCAUUCUACCAUCAACGUUCUUAGCUGAGGGCAAUCUGGACUCGACAGGCUCAGAAGAGUCCUUAGGGCAGCUACAGGACAUCGUUAUUGAAGUUCUAUCGCGCGCAAUAGUGUUGGCAAGCCCGUAUGUUUUCAUAUUAACAAGCAGUUCUCCGGGGUGGGUGCACGAGUCGUGUCAACUGUACAUGCCCAAGGUCGUGCCCUUGCUCGCUAAGGUCACUAUAUUGCAUUCUAAAGAAUAUUGUCGAGAACUGUCGGUGAUUAGUAGGAAAUUCCGCAGACUGUAUUUUUCUGAGGACAAGGGCUUGAAGUCGACCAAGCUCGCGACAGUGCUCUCGAUAGUGCCGACUUUGAAGCCAGUUCCCCGAAGAGUGGUGCUCAUAGGCGACCGAUAUGAAGAUGUCGCGGUUGCCCAGGCGUUGCGUCGAGGAGGCGUGGAAGCCAGGACCUGCCUGUUCGCAUCGGCACCGACACCGACUGAACUGCGUCGGGAGCUUGAGUGGCUGUUGAAGGGCGAUACGCUCGAUCGGCUAUUGGUUGAUGAUACUCUACCUCAGAGUGACUUCACUCUGAGACGGAAUAGGCAACAGCAGCAGCAGCAGCAGCCGGCUGCCAAGGAGGCUCCUAGGAGAAAUUCUGUGAAUUCCUUUCCGUCCUCAACGCCGUCCUGUGCCGCAGCAGCCGCGUCAUCGUCGUCGAAGUGCAGUAGUCUUGUGGACAUCAUAGGUGUCGACCCGAAAAUAGGACCGAUGGUUCUUGGCUUGUCGGCUUACUUCGUCCCAGCUGGAUCCCUAAGGCAGUGUGGAAGGUGUCGCACCCCUGUGGUGGUCAAGGCUAAAGUAGGAUUGUCGUUGUUGCUGCUGAAGAGGAAGAAGGAUCGGGAACUCCCUACGCUCUCCUUAAACGCCACUUGUGUGGUCCCAGCCCUGACCCCUGAAGAAGAGGCUGCGGUUCAGGAAGCAGUUACGGAGCAGCUUAUGAGCUACGGAGAAGGGAUGGCCUCUAAGGAGCAUAGGGCGACGCUGGCAGAGUACGCAGCGUGCGUGUUGCAAACACAGGCUACAGUGAGCGAGAUGGUGGCUGAGAUGGAGCAGUUCUUGCAGGAGAACGCGGAGAGCUUUGUGGAGUGGCUGAUCGAGUACUGUGAGGAGCAUGGCGUGGCACACCCUGUGAAGAGGUCCAAGAAGGCAGCCCCGCCCCGAGGUGGUGGGCUUUUUUCAAAGGCGCUGCGAGCGGCCACUGGGCAGGCCCCUGCGAGCUCGUCGUGUCCCGAGGUCACCACCAACGGGACGAAAAGAGGGGUAGAGGAGGAUGAGCAUGCGUGCAGUUCAGAUGGACCGAGCAAGAUAGCGCGUCGAGAAAUGCGAGGCAUCGCUCAGCAGGCUGAUGCGGUUAAUGCCAAGAGAGUAUGCACACCUGUGCGGACCCAGGAUGAGAAUAGAAAUCCCAUUCGACUUGUCGGACGGGAAGAGCUAAACCAAAGGGCUGUUGCCACUGAGAAGAGGUCACUUGGCGAGGCCUCACUUAAUGGACGUCUUUCUCCUGGUCAGAGCGCUGCAGAGGGCACUCUUGGUCCUUUGAUUCGGUCCCCGACGCCAGCCCUUUAUCGGCCCCCUCUUUUACGCGCCCCCCAGCCUGGGGGUCUGCCACCAGUUGAGCAACAGUUGGGAGGAGGGUAUGUGGCCCAGGCUCGAAAUGGGAGUUCGAUGGUCGCUAAUCGGCAGCCUCCUCCUCCGCCGUUACCCCCUCCGACACAACCGCAGUCUCGUCGGAAUUCUUUCAACGUACCGCCGGUGACGACACCGCAAAGGAAUGAGGAUGGAUACAAGUGGCGGUCCAUCCGAGGAGAUGCUCUAGUCCGGGCAACUUGCGAGCCGGACUCAGCUCCUGUUGCCUCCAUCACCAACGGCGAGAUCGUGGAACAGUGCGGUCAACGGAUAGUGCUUCAAAGUGGCAUCAUUCGCAUACAAAUCCGCCAUCCCUCUCAUCCGAGUUUUCCGGCUCCGCUCGGCUGGGUUACUCUCACUGCGGAGCCGGCUGGUGGUGUCCGGUACUUUGAGAAGGGCCCCGAGAAGGUAACUUACGAGUUCCGUUCUGAGGAAAUCAAACAUAAACUUCCACAUUGA